AUGGAUACGGUCAAUAAACAAAAAGCAAAAAAAGUCAAAAAAGAUAACGAAGCAGCAUCUGCCGCCGCUUCCACCAUAACUGCAGCUUCACUUCAGUCGGUCAAACCUCCUACUGGACCAUUAUUCAAUUUCGGCCAGCCAGCAAAUACCCAUGUUACAACCGCACAAACACCAGCUGUAGUAACAACCACUGCGUAUUCAGCUGUUGCAAAUGAAGCACAAUCAGCUGCCGAUAUUCAGAUAGCAAUGGAUUCAUAUUGCAAAGUCGUUGAGAAACGUCUAGUUGAUAUCGUUUCGCAAACAUGUUAUUGCCAACUGAUUACAGAAUGCGCUUUAGAGUUAGAAACAAAAUUAACAUCAGCAUUUCCACCAUCGGAAUUAUUAAGACUAAUGAAAGAACCACAAGAACAAGCAAAUCGACGAAAUAAACUGGAGACAAGUAUUCGAAGAUUUGAACAAGCAUUGAAACUAGGACAGGAGAACUUGUGA